AACAAACCGAAAAUCAGAAGGUAGCCAGGCUAGUUGAUUGCUACAGUUGCUAAAGCCAGAAAACGACACGGAAGGGUUUGUGACAGUUUGCUAACUAGUUCCAUAGAGAACAAAGGGCCAUCGAGUAAGUCAGAUGUGGACCUUUCUUCAGUAAAAUAUAAUUAACGUUUUAGUAGACACCUGUUCGGGGGCAGCUAACUAUAGAAAAUGUCUUACUGGAUCUGCUGUAACUCCUGCUUCAACCUCCCUGGUCCUGACCGCAAACUAGCUGUUACUACCUGUGGUCAUGUCAUCUGCAACGUGUGUUUUCAGAAAGCCAAUCAAGGGGAGUGCAUGAUAUGUAACGCAAAAUGUCAAGUUACUCCUCUCUCAGACAAAAGUAGUGCAGAAGUAAAGGCCCUCUUCUCUGACAUAAAUUCUGUAGCAACCAAACACUUAACAGAGAUAAGCAAGGUGUUACUAUUCCAGGCAAGGCACCAAAAGAGGUUGUUGGCACAUUCCCAGCAGAGGAAUGAGAAGUUAGAAGAAGUUUUACUCAAGAUGAAGCAAGAAAUGCAGCAAAUGUCCAAGAAAAUUACAGAGCAGAAUGCCUAUAUUGCCAAGCUGGAGAGCACUCGUCAGCAGCAAAGUGCAAAAGCAGCUUCUACAUCACAGCUGAACCGUAGUUCUCACAAUGCUCGUUCACAUCAAAUCAAAUCAGAUCAAAUGCAGAUACCAUUCAACUCACCCAUGUCCCUCUCUCGCUACUCGUCUACUACAAGUCUGGCAGAAAACAUGGAGGUGGAUAACAGAGGUCUGUUUAGGAAACCGGAGCUCUCUGGAAGUGUCCAGAGGUUGUCCUUGAUCAGCCCUCCACAGGAUGGCCGGAUGGGUACUGUCCCCCAUCGAUCGACCAAUCAGAACACCCUAGUCAACCACUCAGCUCGCUCGGCCACUGUCAGCCGCCUGGCGGAGUUGCAGAUGACCCCUAACCUGCCAUAUCGUAGGAACACGGGGUGGGAGACGCCUGUGUUCAAGCCCCCGUCAGCCUACAGACACUCCUCCAUGUCUUCUUUGGUCAUGUCCUCUCUGGGGGUCACCUGCCCUCCACCCUAACACCGCCAAGAGCCAGCCAUCACGACGGCACAAGGACACGUAUCUGAUCCACUUCUAUGCCCCCAACGAGUGACUUAGCUAGAGUAUCAAAUCACCUGGCAAUGGUUGAACUCUCCACCAUGGAGAGAUGAGCUGUGGAAUAGGAAGUGUUGUUCAGAAAUUGAGCCCCCUUCACACAGGGUUAAGAAGAGUUUGGAAGCUGUGGUCUGUUGGUUGUGUGUGCAGUGUAGCGUGUAUAUUGUCAUUGUAAUGGAUUACAUACAGUAUUAUUUGUCACAGUAACAAAUAAAAUGUAACAAACCAAUCAAA